GGACCCCAGCCCGGAGUUACUUAGUAGGUAGGUAGUAGAUAGUAGGAUAGUCGUUGGACAGUACGGAGUCGUACAUGGACAUAUUUAGAACCCUGAAUCCCAUCAUCAUCAUCAAUUCUCGAAAUGUUAGGGACCGUAAAAUCUUGGUGUGCGCAAUGCGUGAGGUGAGGUCAUCGGGAUGAAUGACAUCAUGAGAACCCCGCCCGCCCUUCACUCUCUUCUGAUUUCCUCCCUCCCAUCUUGACCUCCCAUCUGCGAUCUGAACCAACCACAUCAUCUUCAAUAUUCCUCAUCAUGCCUGACAUCUAUCCCACCCUCCGCAAUCGCCGCAGCAAUGAGCUCGCUCGCCUGGCCGACCAGCAUCUGCAGCACGACCUCCGCCCCCAGGACCGCGACGCCCUCAAGGCAGCCUCCCAAAAGGUCGCCUUCUGGACCACCGUCGGCUCGGCGGUUGGCCUGGGGCUGGGGCUCUAUACUGCCUUUCGCCUGAGGAGCUCGCGCAAGGCCUUCUUCGAGGUUUUUCGCGCCCGCGAGAAGCCCACCCAAGUCGUCUUUGCCGAUGGUCGAACCGAGCACAUCCCAGAUAUUACCCCACUGUUGAAGCCCACCACACUCGGCGACUUCACCACCUAUUUCUUUGCCGGCGCAGGGGGUCUGUUCUUGGGCGGCGAGCUCGGGUUUCUUGGAGGCGCGGGCAGUGGAAGCCGCUGCAUCACCGCCGACCCCGAUCGGAGGCAGAGAAUUGAGACAGCGUUCCGGAAGUUCCGGGCAGAGGUGCUGCGCAAGGAGGCGGAUGAGCUGGAUCGCGGGCUGGAUGUGUCUGAUCAGAUGUUCUAGCGGUCUGUUCCUUGACCUGAUAUCCGGAACGGCGGCCAUGGAUCUGCAUCAUCAGCGAUACCCCCGGUGUUUCUCCCCAAUCCAUUCACCAACCUG